AAUGUCCUCCAACGGCGAAACAAAAACCCCGUGUGAAUUAUUUUCGGUGGACAUCUUUUCUGCUGGUUGAACGGCCUUACUCUUGUCGGGUUUAGGUAGAUCCAAGAAAACAAAACUCACUGUGCAAUCUUAUCGCUAGUUAAGUAAGAGCUAUCGACCACAUUUGAUCGAACAGAUAUGCCAGUUUGUCCUACAAAUCGUAGAGAGAUGAACGCGUUUUGCUUGUUCGCUAUUGCAAUAUCCCUCACGGGAAUAUCCGCGCAGAGUGGACCAACGAUCACUACACCUUCAGGGCAAAUUCAAGGUACCGUUGAAUCGUGCGGUUUGUUUUGCACGUACUACUCCUUCAAAGGCAUCCCUUAUGCGCAACCUCCUGUUGGAAAUCUUCGCUUUCGUAACCCGGUAUCUCACCCGGGAUGGAGUGGAGUUCGGGAUGCUGCCCAGCACGGUUCCUUCUGUCCUCAGUACGAACUGCUCACCUUGGAGGUUAUAGGUGAUGAGGAUUGUCUCUACCUGAAUGUGUAUUCUCCGGAGCUAAUUGGUCAACGUCCGGUGAUGGUCUGGAUGCAUGGUGGUGCCUAUAGUUCUGGAUCUGGAGACUCGGACGUUUACGACCCGCAGAAGUUAAUCCGGGAAGGUGUAGUAGUUGUAACCAUCAAUUACAGGCUUGGAGCAUUGGGCUUUCUUAGUACUAACGAUGAGCAUGCUCAAGGAAAUUGGGGCCUUAAAGACUGUAUUGAAGCGUUACGUUGGGUGCAACGGAAUAUCGCUGCAUAUGGUGGUGAUCCAGACAACGUUACUAUAUUUGGAAACUCAGCUGGAGGUUCAUUGGUACACUUUUUGUACCUUUCCGACAUGGCAAACGGACUGUUCCACAAAGCGAUAGCUCAAAGUGGAACCGCACUGGCACCAUUCGCCUUCCAAACCAAUCCAAAAUUUUACGCUGAUAGAUUUGCCAAUAUUUUCGGUUUGUCAAGCGACAGCGCAGUUUAUGUGGACCAGCUUAGAACUCUUCCAGCGAGUAGCUUUAUCCCAUUCCAAGAAGCGUUGCUAACGAUACCGGUUCCUCGAUUCAUGCGACCACUAGAUUUUGCACCUUCAACGGAACCAGCAAGCUCUCCUGAAUCAAGAGCGUUGACAACCGAUCCAAUGAGCCUGAUGCGAUCACGGCAGCAUACGGUUCCCUUUCUCAUGGGAUACAAUGAUCUUGAGGGCUCCUUUUUCACUACGGUUGAGUUCGCGGUAGAUCAAACUGUUUUCGAUCAGUUCAACAACAAUCCUGAUCUGUUCGUGCCGUUUUUCUGGAACAUCAAUACGGGAUCCCCCGCUUCUUCAGCAGUUAGCAGCGCAUUCCAACAACACUACUUCAAUAAUCAACAGUUGGGGCUUCCCCUAUUCUUCGAGUGGAGUAAAUAUUACGGGGAUCAUCUAUUCCUAUUUCCGGUACACUACACGGCUCAAGUUCACGCCCAGAGUUUGGCACCAGUUUACUACUACCAGUUCUCGUAUGAUGGAGAUUUAAAUUUAUUCAAGAAAUCACUGGGUAUAACACUUCCUGGUGCGAUUCAUGUCGAUGAGAUUCCAUAUCUUUUCGAGUUGGCGGAAGAAAUGGGAGCUGAGGUGCCACCGGGAAGUCACGCGAUCACCGUCAGCGAUCGAAUGGUACGAAUGUGGGCUAACUUUGCUAAGUACAGUGACCCGACGCCCAGCUCUGAUUCAUUAUUGCAGAACUUGGUUUGGCCAACGAUACAAGAAAGUUCCAAUGGUGUUGCAAUGAUGGAUAUCGGACAAAAUCUGAUGGUAACCGAUGCAUCGACUUCCGAAACCUUCGUGCUGUGGCAUCGUCUUCAAGAUCAAUACGCAACCAAUCCUUUUCUGUGACUUACAGUUGUUGGCAUAUAAAUGGCAAUGGAUCAUCAUUUACUAGGUUAACGGUAUUCUUGGUGGAAAUCUUAAGAAUAAAACGUUGAACUAU